AUGGACGAACCCAUGAACGACGAUCCCCCGUUCACUCUCGCCUCGGAUUCACCUGGUACAUGGGCAAAGGUUGCCGACCUUACUCUUCGGCAUAUCGCGCGCAUCCGAGUCCCGCCCACGCAUCCAGACGACUUGCGUAGUGAUAACAAGGCCCCAGCAAUGCUCUCUCAACGACCGUCCUUGCCCGUUCAUCAAUCCAUUGUGUCGCAGGAAGCACACAUACCGUUCUUCGUCCGGAAGCCAAGAACGGUGGCGUAUGUCCGGGAAGCGAUUGAGCGCGUCUCAGUGCAUUUGUCAAGGCGGCCCUCCGAGUUUCUCAUUGGCGAUACGAACCGCUGGGCGUGCCCAGGCCCUACAUGCGCGUAUACUGUCCAACUGGAAGAUCUUUCGAGCGCGCAAAUGGAGGUUAUCGGGCGAAUUGCGAACGGUCUACAUCGCGCCUGGACCUCGGACGUCGGCAAGCUCCAUAUCGCGGUGCGGGAAUACUGGCGGGAGGUGGUGGAUAUCGUGGCGCUGGCUCACUAUGAGGAGGUCCACCUCCACGGGUUGGGCAUUAAGCAUGUCAUUCGCGGCCAAGGCGACGAUGGACGUCUCGAAUACUUCUGGGAAUUUCGGGACUGGAAGGCGGCGCUUGAGCUCCAAAACUAUCGAGGAGUGCGUGCGCGAAUCGCAGAGAGUAGAUCGCGUAGCAACAUGCAGCGUGCGUUGGGCUUCGAGGCGCGUGCCUGGGCAUCGGACGUGCUCUCGCAAGUACAACAAGAGGAGUGCGACGCGCGUGCCAGUGCCCGUGAGCAGCAAUCGGAUUUCGUCCGCGACGAGUAUGACGAGCACCUGAACCUCGAGCUCAACCGCGCAGACAGCCUAUUUGAGCCUCGUGGUGUACUGUUCGCAGGCCACGGCUCGACCACCAGAGAAGUGCAAAGGCCUAUUCGAGCACUGAGGCGCCUGCACGAGUACAUAUACGGACAACAACCGACGCCCAACGUCGAGGAAUCGCGCGCAGAGCGACGGGCUGGCGCUGAAGCGGAGCUGCUGCGAUGGGCCGUGGAUGGGAAUCACUAG